AUGUCCGCUUCGCCCGAGUUCAGUGUCAAGGUCUCAACGACUGCCGAGGACAAGGCCGAGUGCCAGAGGGUCCGCAUCGAGGUCUUUGUGGACGAGCAGGGGUUCUCAAAAGAGGAUGAGCUCGACGAGAUCGACGCGACUGGGGCACACGUCUCUUUCCUUGUGUGCAACGCCGAGGGCAAGGCCGUCGGCACGGUCCGCCUCGUCGCCCUCCCUACCAAGGUCAAGCUUACACGCUUGGCAAUCGAGAAGGACUAUCGCAAGUACGGUCUUGGACGGGUUCUCGUGCGCGCCUUGGAAGAGUUUGUGGCCAACAACUCGACGAGGGAGGACUUUGCUCCUCACGUCAAGGAGGUGGACGGCAAGAAGGUCAUUACAGUCAAGAUCCACAGCCAGAUUCCCGUAAUCAAGUUCUACGGAAAGCUCGGCUACGUCGAGGUUGGGGAGCGCUUUGACGAGGAUGGCGAGCCGCACCAGGCCAUGGUCCAGGACAUUGAGGUCGUCGCUUAG